AUGGUGAGGUAUAAGCUUUGGUAUUGGGGGUAUUGGGAAAGCUAUAAUACAGGUACAUGCUCAAAACCAAAUUUAGAAGAGAAAACUGAAGAUGGUGGGUUGGUAAAGAAUGUGAAGAUGGUGAGUGCAAUCAAGAGUGAAGAUGAUAGGGCAGUUAGAGUGGGUGGUGUUAGGAAAGAAGAGUUAAAUUUUGAAUAUCUUUCAUAUCGAUGA